CCUCCGCGUUUUGUUCACCGCGCUUCACUCAAACAUGGCACCAGACUUUUCCAAGAACGCAGUGGAGAGCCCGGAGCCCUGCAAAGCUGAAGUAAAAGGGAGUAUUCCCAGUUGGCUGCAAGGCACGCUGCUGCGCAACGGUCCCGGCAUCUUCUCUGUGGGGGACACCAGCUACGACCACUGGUUUGAUGGGAUGGCUAUAAUGAACAGCUUUGUCUUUAAAGAUGGUGAAGUGACCCACAGAAGCAGAUUCCUCAAGAGUGACACCUACGAAGCAAACAUGGCUGCAAACAGGAUAGUUGUGUCUGAAAUGGGUACAAUGGCCUACCCAGACCCAAGCAAGAAUUUUAUUGUCAAGGCAAUCACCUUUCUCAACCACACAGUGCCUGACUUCACUGACAAUGGUGCAAGCAAUUUCAUUAAAUACGGAAAGGACUAUUACGCCACCUCUGAAACAAAUUACAUCCGCAAGAUUGACCCUGUGACGCUGGAAACGCAGGACAAGGUGGACUACAUGAAGUACCUGCCAGUAAACUUGGUCUCAUCCCACCCGCACUACGACAAAGAGGGCAACGCCUACAACAUUGGAACUUCAGUGGCAGAGAAGGGCAAGACUAAAUACAUACUGUUCAAAGUCCCUGUUUCCUCAGAGAAAGACAAAAAAGGCAAGAAUGUCCCCGCGCUGAAGAAUGUGGAGGUGAUCUGCACACUUCCCUGCCGCUCCCUGCUCACACCGAGCUAUUACCACAGCUUCGGCAUGACGGACAACUACUUCAUCUUCAUUGAACAGCCUUUAAAACUGGACAUCCUCAAGAUGGCCACUGCGUACAUGAGGGGAGUCAAUUGGGCAAGCUGCCUAAAAUACAGCCCUGAGGAAAAUACUCUGAUCCACCUGAUAGACAGAAAGACUGGCAAAGAAGUGGAGACAAAGUUCUUCACCGAAGCAAUGGUCGUCUACCAUCAAGUGAACGCUUAUGAGGAUGAUGGUCAUGUGAUCUUCGAUGUCAUCGCCUACCGUGAUAACAGCCUUUACGAAAUGUUCUACUUCAGCAAGCUAAAGGACUACAAUGGGUACCACGAUGAUAGCUACUCCAAGCCAAGCUACAAACGAUUUGUAUUCCCUGUCCGCUCAGACAAGGGUGUGGCAGUUGGAGAGGACUUGGUAAAACUCAAAUACACAACAGCCAGUGCUGUGAAGGAGAAAGAAGGCAAGCUGAUAUGCCAGGCAGAGGUGCUUUGUGAAGGUUUUGAAUUGCCCAGGAUAAAUUAUGACAUCAACUGCAAGAGACAUCGGUUUGUCUAUGGGAGCUGCGUGGAAGAGUCUGCACUGGCAAAAGAGAUCGCAAAGUUUGACACAGAAACCAAGGAAAAGGUUUCCUGGAGUGAAGAAAACUGCUGGCCGUCAGAGCCUGUGUUCAUCCCCAGACCAAAUGGAGAGUCAGAGGAUGAUGGUGUGGUCUUAGCAUCAAUUAACAACACCAAUCCCGGCCAGUCGAGUUUCAUCCUGGUUCUUGAUGGCAAAACAUUCAAAGAGGUCGCUCGAGCAUAUGUGAAAGCUCAGCUUCAACAGGCUAUGCAUGGGUUUUUUAUCCCAGAAGGAAAUUAGGUAGUUAUGUAUAACUACUGUUGGAGAACUUCUAGAAAACUGUGCUCUCAGGUGCAGGAAUCCAUUUAAACACUGAAAAACACACUGCCGAAUGGUGUUGUGUUUUAGACAAAAGUGUGAUAGAGGUGUUCAUGGUUUCAUGGACUACCUCUGUAAAAUUAUAGGGACUGUAUUAAAAUUGAUUUUUAUAGCUAUGUUUAUUAGGAGAAAUGCAGAUUUAUUGAUUUUGUGUGCUUCAAAAUGUUAUGCAUAAUGCAUAAAGAUAUACCAUGCCAGAAUUGUUGGUUGUUGCUGUAAACAGUAUUUCAAGUGAAAGUGAAAUCGCUUUGAAAUGAGUUUUUUCUGCCUGAUGUUUUACCUCAUUACAUUUGCGAGGGGUUUUCAUUGCUGUGUCUGCAAUUUUCAUAGCUUUUUUUCUGAACAAGUGCUACAGGAGACGAUUAGGGCCACAUAUGAAAACAUUUAUUUGAGUUUAAUUUUUAAGAAUUCGGAAAAUUCUGAAUUUAGAGUCAGAAUUUAAUGUCAGAAUUCUGAGAAUAAAGUCAGAAGUCUGAAUUUCCUGGCCUCACCUGUGCGCGCUGUCACUGUGUGAAGAAUGUCCCAAACAUAACAAAAUAAGCAGAAAAUAAGACAAUACAGGCAGACAGCAGGGUCUUAACUAAAUACGCCGCCACACACUUCUAUUGGAUCACAAGUGAUGAUUGAGAGGGAUUACUUUUUUAUAAGUCUAUACAUUGUUUUUUAAAAAAUCAUUCUAGUAUACCUUUUUAAGCAUGUAUAAAUAUUACUAUUUGUUAUGUAAUCUGUAUCAUUCUGUUGUAUUGUGAUGGCAAUCAUUGUAUUUGUGCUCAUACUUUUCAUUAAAAAACAUGUUAAGUUCUGAGAUGUACUCCCAUUUUUGAGGCAAACAAGACCAUAAGAAUGAACCCAACUAACUCUUCAGAUUUAUAUUGUCAGAGUCAUAGCGUUAUCAUGGUGAUUACUGUACAUUUUAUAAUCUGUUGGCAAAGUAGAUGAGCAGGUUGGCCCUCGUCACCAAGUAGGCUAUUACUUAUCUCUCACUUGAUGAGCCGAAAUAAAUUAACUUACAAGCAAA